UUUGCCCAAGAUGAGCUUCAUCGUUCGCCGAGGUCUCUCGACCUUGAUCCCUCCCAAGAUCGCCUCCCCCAACGCCAUCGGUGCUGCUAAGGAUGCUGCUCGUAUGGACCGUGUGGUGAACUUCUACGCCAGACUUCCCCGUGGCACCGCCCCUGAGAUCAAGGCCACUGGUCUCAUCGGCCGCUACCAGGCGCGUUACUGGGGCAAGAACCCUUCUGCCGCUCCCCUCGCCCACGCCAUCGGUGCCAUCCUGAUCCUGGGUUACAGCAUGGAGUACUACUUCCACCUGCGCCACCACAAGAACCACCCCCAUUAAGGGUUUGAUCAUUGAUUGGGCGCGGGGGAUUUGUGUAUAUACCGCAGAGCCUAGAAUGAUGCGAAUGUAGAACAGAUCAAUCGAACAUUCACAUU